AUGAAGGGAACUAUUUUCGCUACUGCUCUCAUUGCCUUCUCGGCCAGUGCCUUCGCCCACGGCGGAGACUACGACAGUCCCACUCAGACCACUCCUUCUGGCGGUCAAUCCGGCGGUAGCCAGUCUGGCGGCGGCCUCCCCAUCAACAUCCCUGGUGUCGGUGGCAGCGGCGGCAUCGGCGGCCUCCUUGGAGGCGGCGGCAAGGGUAGCAGUGGUGCCCAGGGCAGCGGUGGCGGCAAGGCUGGUGGCGGUCUCGGCGGUGGCCUCGGUGGACUGCUCGGCGGCGGCGGCAAGGGCACCAGCGGCGGCGGCAUUGGAGGCAUCCUCGGCGGCGGCGGCAGUGGUGGCGGCAAGGGCACCAGUGAUGGUGGCAUUGGCAGCAUCCUUGGCGGCGGCGGCAAGGGCAACAUCCUCAGCGGCGGCGGUGCUGAUGGCGGCAUUGGCAGCAUCCUCGGCGGCGGUGGCAAGGGCGGCGGCGGCGCUGAGGGCGGCAUUGGCGGACUUCUCGGUGGCGGCGGCAAGGCCGGUGGUGAUGGCAAGGCCGCCGGUGGCCUUGGUGGUAUCAUUCCUACUGGUCUCCCUGGUGGCGGCGAGGGCGGAAUCGGAGCCAUCCUUGGCGGAAGUGAUAAGGGCAGCGUCCUUCCCACUGCCAUUCUCGGUGGUGGAGGUGCGGGAGGUAUUGGUGGGCUUCUCGGUGGUGGCGGCAGCAGCGGCGGCAGCGGCAGCUACGGCGGCGGCGAAAAGGGUGGAAUCAAUGGCAUUCUCCCCACUGGCCUCCCCGUCGGUGGUGCGGGUGGCAUCGGUGGACUCCUCGGAGGUGGUGGUAACGGCGGAGGCAGCGGUGGCAUCGGUGCCAUCAUCCCGACUGCUCUCCCGAUCCCGGGCAUCGGAGGCGGCAACAAGGCCGGCGGCGACGACGCUCCCUCCACCUUCGAGACCCGUGUCCGCACCACCACUAAUAGCGGCGAUGGCUCCAGCACUGCUGAGCCUGAGACUGCUGAGCCUACCCCGGGUAGUUACUAA